GGCGUAGACGUCCACCGCGACUUUAUUGACACGCAUUUCAUCUUCGUUCAACUCUCUACAUCACGGUUACUACRAAAACUUAGAAAUGACCAUUGAUUUCUACUACGCCUCGUGGAGUCCUCCAUGCAGGACCGUGGAACUUGUGGCCCACAUUUUAAACGUMGAACUCAAUCGGAUUGUGACGACACCGAGCAAAGGMGAUACACAAAAACCAGAAUACAAGCAAUUGAACCCUCAGCACACGAUUCCGACCAUCGUCGACAACGGUUUCGUUUUGAGCGAGAGUUUACAGACAAACAGCCCAGUGUUCAUGACCGGACAUUUUGGAACUGCUGCCUUACCGAAAUUGAAAGCCGCCUUGGAAAUACUCGAUGCGUAUUUAGCAAAAAGUAAGUGGGUAGCCGGGCCCGAAGUAACCCUAGCUGAUAUCGUCGUAGUGGUCACUAUAUCAAGUUUGGAGAUUGUGGGCUAUGAACUGACCAGCUAUCCCAACAUAUUGAAAUGGUUUAAGGCCGCACAGACAACAUUACCCGGUUACAACGAAGCCAACCACAAAGGAACGAUAGCGUUUAAAGACUAUCUGUUUUCAAAAUUGAAAACUAAUUAAAAAUCUACUUAUCUAAAAUUUGAAUCAUCCAUUCACACCGUUCAUUUGAUGUGACGGCGUAUUAAUUAAUAAUCAUAAUUGUUUUAAAGAUACAGAUUGUAAGAAUUUAAAUUUUAUUAUUUUUACUGUCAAUUAUUCAAGUGCCCAGAGGAAAAUA